CAGGCAUUCCCAUCUGUACAACUUACCCACGGCAAGCACUCAUCAACAAGCACAAGAACUCUGCUAACUCUUAUCUUCACCUACCAUGCGCGUUUCCUUUACCCUUGCAUUUACCAUCUUAGCGACGCUGGCCGCCGCUGCCCCUAUCGACAUCGAACCCAACCCCAGCGAUGUGGAAGUGGCCUCUGAAGUUACUAGCACUGCGCCUACUGCCACAUCCGACAACAGCGCACCUUCCCUGACGACGGCAACUGACGCAGCUCCAACUCCCACUGGCUCGGACUCUGAUUCUAAUGCUCCUGUAGCUGGCGACUCCGCCGACUCCCCUAUCGAUGAGCUUUUUGAGGGAGCCAGGGCGGUUGGAUCCGUCGAUGGGGUUGAUGAUGCUAUCAAACAGCGUGAGGAUGACCCUGGCAAGACAUUCAAGCCUAUGCCCAACAUCAUCAGUUUGCCCCCGAACGCUGUCGAGGCAAUUAUCGGAAAGCUGCUAUCCAAUGCGAUCAACAAGAGCCAGUCCUCUUUCGCCAGGCGUAAUGUGGCCGACGAUGAUGAAGACAGUGAUCUUAGAUACACACUGGCUGAGUCUCUGUAUAACCACGCGAACCAGCGUGGCGGGAAGGUCUCCAAAUGGGGCAAGGAGCUUGGUCCGGACCUGACCAUCGAGCUUAUCGAUACAGGCCUUCAGACAGGAAUCAAUGCGGCUGUUGACGCUCAUAACCAGGCCGCUGCUAGCCGACUUGCACGGCGGUCAUACCUCGUCCCCAAGCGCUAUGAGUACUUGUAAAGCGUUGUCACACGUUCUGAAUCCAAAGAUGUGUGCCUUUUGGGCGCCACAUGUGGGACCGCUGUAGAGACAUUCA